GCAUGCGUACUGACGGCGGGGAGAACCCGACCCCUCCUCCUCUUCUCUCCAGCCAGCUGCCACCCUGUUGCCAAGCAACCGUGUAAUCAGUGUAACCAGGAGCACCGGCGCCGCUAUCAAACAAUGCUGAAGGGCUGCGGUUCCAGAUUCGACGGCAGGACGCAGGCGAUGAUGGCUGGAUUGCUGCAGGAUCGCAUCGUCCGGAGGAUUUCACAGACUCAGCAUUCCGUCACACCCUCACCGUCCACACGGAGCGCGCACACACACACACUCGCGCAACGCACUAACGAGCAGGAGCUCACGCGGGGCUUGUGCCAGCCUCCGCCCAAACCUGCUCAGGGUCUGGUAGCCACUCCGAGCAGCAGAAGACGGCUGAGCGCAGAUGAGUGGAUGCAGGUGAACGGAAACUGCGCUCGGCCCUGCGUCAUCUGCAACGAGGAGUUCCGCCUCCAGCCACAGGCAUGUUUGAGGAAGUGUCAGCUCUCCUCUGGAAGGAAGUUUUGUCCUCAGUGCAGGACGGCGCAGUACGAGACCCGAGUGAUAUAUGACGGGGUGAGACUCUACAGGGAGAAGUGCGCUCUCAGGAUUCAGGCGUGGUGGCGAGGCUGCGUCACACGGAGGUGGUACCGAGACAUGAGGAAAAUAGUGCCAACAAACGGCCUGCAAUUCCACUGCAGGUUCUUUGCGGAGAAGGAGCUGAAGGAGAACAUGCUGCAGACACUCCACAUCGACCUCGACACGUUCCUGCAGGACAUGGACGUGAACAUCGCCCACUUCAGACACGUCAUGCAGCAGUUCAGCUGCCACAUCGGCACGUUCAGGGACAUGGAGGACGAGUGGAGCGAGACUCAGGAGAAGGCUCUCCGGCGGGACACGCACGACUGUCCGAUCUGUCUGAGUCCUCUGAGAAGCGCUGAGGUCGUCCUGCUUUCCUGCUCCCAUCUGCUCCAUCAGUCCUGCCUGAGAGAGUCGGAGCUGGCGUGCCAGGAUCGCGACGCCACCUGCCCCCUCUGCCGCAGUCAAUACGUCUCUGUACCCGUCCCAGACUCCGCCCUUUUAGCAUACCACACAAGGUAUGGCUCUUAGUCCGAGUUAAUACAGGAACGAGAACAAACCGCAAACAAACCCGCAUUAAUCAAAUACCACAGAGUUCAGUUAAUUAGAUCAAACACCAAUUAGUUUGGGAUUUAAAUGUAAUUGGUUCGUGCACUUAAGUAGCUUUUUUUGUGCCUCUGUGUUUUACUGAAGUAACUUUACCCUCAGUCAAAUAUCUUACUUUUUAAUGAACUACGUUUUGUGAAA